UAUUGACACCACAUAAACACAUGCACCACUGCGUCCAGAUUCCGUAGCAUUUCAUGUCGGCUGUGGGUGAAAAUGUCUAUGUUUUUGGCUGAAAUCACGGCACAUAAGUAGUUCGGGUGUCUGUAAGAACUGGAGGCAAAAUAGCGGUUACGUGUGGACAGGGAGGGCUGUACGAACCCAACCGAGGAACACGAGCGAACGCUUGUUCCACACACAGUCUGCUGAAAGAAGCAGGAAGCGGACUGGAGCUGCUCACCUGAACCGUACCGAAUGGAAGACUGCACUGGACAUUCGCAGGGGAGAAAGCAUCUGUUUUGAGACUUUAUCCGCGAUUGAAAGCUGACCGGUGUUUUUGGAGUUCAACCCGAGACACACUCUUAAAUUCCUCGGUCUCGGUGAAGCCUACAGUGGAGGACUGCGUCCGACAUUCCGUCCCGGUUGAUUGGAAUAAUCGGUUGUAAAGAUGCAGCAUCUUCUUCCUCCCAUGAUGGAGCCGUCUGAGAAAUAAGAGACUCUAGAUACAGCAGGAUCCCAUGGUUUGGGUCCAGCACAUUCUCCGCCAUGCCUCCUGCCAAGACAGAUCAACUGGACUUGUGGGCGGAGUCAGGGCUGUAUGGAGACGACCAGGUGAUGGUGGACUUCCUAUUGCCCACCGGAGUCUACAUCCAGAUGGAGGUUCCUAGAGAGAGCACCAUUCAACACCUCAAACUGCUGUUAUGGAAGGAGGCGCAAACUUACCCUCUCUUCUCACUCCUGGGGGAGAUGGAAGGUCACAUGUUCGAGUGUGUGAACCAGGCAGCGGUGCACGAGGAGCUGGAGGACGAGACCAGGCGUCUGUGCGACGUACGGCCGUUCCUGCCCGUCCUGAAACUGAUCACACGCAACUGUGGACGUGCAGAACGCCUGCUAGAUUCUAAGAUCGGAGUACUUAUUGGGAAAGGUCUGCACGAGCUGGAUGCCUUGCAAGAACAGGAAGUGAAGGACUUUCGGUCCAAAAUGAAGCGAAUCAGUGAAGAGAAAAUGCAGCGCAUGCAGAUGAUGUCAUGGGGAGAGUGGCUUCGGAGUUUUAAUGCCCCGCAGGUGGAGUCGAGGUCAUUGGUGAAUUUGAUUGACAAGCAUGAGGGCGGGAUCAAAAUCACCAUGCACUACGACCAAUCACAGGACACAGCCAGUCUGAAAGUGUCAUUGCAUUGUACAGUAACUGAACUAAUGGAUCAGGCUCUCAAGAAAUGGCAGACCACUCACGGCCCAGAGGAAGACAUUGGACCCCGGAGCGAUUAUGUGUUGCGUGUAAGCGGCAUACUUGAGUUCCUGUUCGAAGAUCUCCCUCUCAAUCAGUACAAAUACAUUAGGACAUGUUUGUUGGCAAAUGAGAGCCCUCACCUGACGAUGGUCCACUGCAGUGUCAUCAAAGCCAUGUUUGAAAAGGAACUUUGCACCAUCGGAUCAGUGCUGGUGCGAAAGACAUCGAAUCCUCCUCUACCGCUGCCCCCGAAGAAGAGAGCCCCAACACAGUUGCAUACGUGUGUUUGGAAGGUUCAUUCUUUGUUCAGAAUUAAUCUUGUGAAGGGCAUCAAGGUGAACGCAGAGGAUGCUGCUAAGAUCCAGGUUAGAGCGGGGCUGUUUCACGGUACAGAGCUCUUGUGUAAGACGGCGGUCAGCAGCGAGAGCAGCAGUCGAUCUGAACACGUUUGGAAUAAAACUUUGGAGUUUGACAUCCCCGUUUGUGACCUGCCACGGAUGGCACGCCUCUGCUUCGCCAUUUACGCCGUAAUGGACAAAGUGAAGAAACAAAGAUCCACCAAAAACACACACCUGAACAAAUACCAGACCAUCCGCAAGGCAGGGAAAGUGCACUACCCAAUAGCAUGGGUGAACACAAUGGUGUUUGACUACAGAGGACAACUGAAGACUGGUGACAUUAUCCUGCACUGCUGGUCCUCUUUCCCUGAUGAGCUGGAAGAGAUGUUGAACCCCAUUGGGACAAUUCAAACCAAUCCCUACACAGAGAAUGCCACAGAACUACACAUAAGCUUCCCAGAAUACUCAACACAACCAGUUGUAUUUCCCCCUUUUGACAAGAUCCUGGAAAAAGCUGCAGAAAUCGUUGGAUCCGGUGACUCCAUGACAAUGAGUCGUGGGGGCAAGAAGUUUUACAUCGAGCUAAAGGAGAUCAUGGAGCGAGACCCUCUCUCUCAGUUGUGUGAGAAUGAGAAAGAUCUGAUCUGGACGCUCCGCCACGACUGUAGAGAAAACUUCCCUCAGUCCCUCCCCAAGCUGCUGCUGUCUGUCAAAUGGAGCAAACACGAAGACAUGGCUCAGCUGCAGGCUCUGAUGCAGAUUUGGCCCAAGUUGAGCCCUCGAGAUGCUCUUGAACUGCUGGACUUCAACUACCCCGACCAGUAUGUCAGAGAAUUUGCGGUCAAAUGCCUUCGAGAUAUGAGUGAUGACGAGCUGUUGCAGUACUUGUUGCAGCUUGUUCAGGUGUUGCGCUAUGAGCCGUACUAUGACUGUGCCCUCAGCCGUUUCCUCCUGGAGCGCGCUCAGAGCAGCCGCAAGAUCGGCCAUUUCCUCUUCUGGCAUCUCAGGUCUGAGAUGCACAUAUCAGCCAUAUCUGUUCAUUUCGCUCUGAUUUUGGAAGCGUACUGCCGAGGCAGCAUCCCGCACAUAGAAGUUCUCAAAAAACAGGUUGAAGCUCUCAGUAAGCUGAAAGCAGUGAAUGAGCUGAUUAAACUGGGCACCAUAAAAAUCAAGAACAAGACAAAAGAAGCUCAUCUUAAAGAGGCCAUGAUGACGUGCCUGAGGCAGACGGGUUUUAUUGAGACACUUUCUGACCUGCACUCUCCCCUCAAUCCAAACGUACUGCUCGCUAGAGUCAAUGUGGAGAGAUGCAGGUAUAUGGACUCUAAAAUGAAACCCCUCUGGAUCGUUUAUAAUAACAAGCUGCUGGGAGGAGAUACACUGGGGAUCAUCUUCAAAAAUGGAGAUGACUUGAGACAGGACAUGUUGACUCUGCAGAUCUUGAGGUUGAUGGAUCUGCUGUGGAAGGAGGCCAAUCUGGACCUCAGAAUCGUGCCUUAUGGUUGCUUGGCAACAGGAGAUCAUUCUGGUCUGAUUGAGGUGGUCUCUUCAGCUGAUACAAUUGCUAACAUCCAAAAAACAAGCAGCAACAUGGCCGCCGCAGCCGCCUUCAAUAAAGACGCUCUGUUGAACUGGCUCAAAGACAAGAACUCUGGAGAUGCUUUGGACAAAGCCAUCGAGGAGUUCACACUAUCAUGUGCCGGUUACUGUGUUGCAACCUACGUCUUGGGCAUUGGCGAUCGCCAUAGUGACAACAUCAUGGUUCGCAGUACAGGUCAGCUCUUCCACAUAGACUUUGGCCAUAUCCUGGGAAACUUCAAGUCCAAGUUUGGAAUCAAGCGUGAACGCGUUCCCUUCAUCCUCACACACGACUUCAUCCAUGUGAUUCAACAGGGCAAAACUGGCAACACAGAGAAAUUUGGAAAUUUCCGGCAGUACUGUGAGGAGGCCUAUCUGAUUCUGAGGAGGAAUGGAAAUCUGUUCAUCACACUGUUUGCUCUGAUGCUCACAGCAGGCCUGCCGGAGCUCACAUCUGUCAAAGAUAUCCAGUAUUUAAAGGACUCUCUGGCGUUAGGUAAAACUGACGAGGAGGCUCUCAAACAGUUCCGGCAGAAGUUUGACGAGGCUCUCAGGGAGAGUUGGACCACAAAAGUCAACUGGAUGGCUCACAACGUGGCUCACCCUUCCUAACCCAACCAAACACAGACAUUUGGCUCCAAACUGAAGACCGGCAACACCAGGAAAUGUAAAACAGCUUAUUUAUGAUCUACAAUAUUCAACAAUAUAUUGUCCAAACCGAUGGAUCUGAAUGAUCGGAAACGUCUUUGUAGAAAACCAAAAACGUUGCUCCCACGUUCUGUUGGAUACAUGAACUGCUUCUGUACCACUGUAGGACCUGACGAAACCUGGUGGAAUCAGAUGUAAUGGCCUUAAGAAGGGAACAAAGUAGAGAACUUCUGCCUUUUCUUCCUCCGCUGAGAAAAUCAAUGAACGAUAUUUAACUGAGAGAAUCCGGGGGAGUUCUGAAACACGUGAUUCAGUCUGAUAGCACAAGACCAGUUUAGGCCUUCCAGACAUGAUGAGAUAUCAUUGUACAGCCUUGUUAAUGUACUGGGACUCACCAAUCAGAGCUCAAGCUCAGAGGAAGUGCAUCUUAUCAGACCAAUCCGACUUGGGGAGAACGUGUGCCUCACUGCUUAAGAAACUUUUUGACUUCCUGUUUUGUUUGUAACUGUAUGUGCUAUACUACUUUAUUAAGAAAAAUCGUCUUCAAAACACUGGAAUCAUGCUAUAUGUAUAAAUAUUUGAUGGGUUUUAAGUGUUUUAAUGGUAAAGCACUCUUCCUAAACGCCGUUGUGCUGCUUAUUAGUAAAGUACAAAUUGCUGUAAUCAAAAAUGUCGGAAGGCUGCACACACAGAUGUCGCUGAGGAUCAUUAUUGAACAAAGUGGUCAAUGUAGAGGACGUUUUCCCCAAUGCCCCACCACCCCUUCUUCUCUCUUCAGAGCUAGCCAUAAAAAUCGAAACUUGCUGCAUCAUACGGCAUCAUAGUCAAGCCUGUAAUUUAAUGGUACAAUGCAUAGAAAUCACACAUUUCUGUUGCUCAUGAUUUAAGAUUCCCAUUUAGUUCAAAAAUCAACACAGAAAACAGAGAUGACCAAAAAUGUAGUGAAGGUCUAGCUGUGGUGCCCGAGUCUACAGAUAGCACAGUAGUAAUCACUGAUGUUUGCCUAUAUUUUGAAAUCACAGCUUUCUACUGCUGAUGACAUGCUUUGUGUCUCUAUUGCUGCUUGUGUUACUGGCAGUGUAACUGGAGAUGUAUAGAUGCACGUGCAUGUUAUUUGGACACUGAGCGAAUGUGUGUGUGUGUAUCUGUGAAAGGGAGAAUGAGAAGAAAGCCGUACUGUGAUGUAAUAGGAUUAUUAGGAGCAAUGCAAAGAUUCUAGGACCAACUUUCAGAGAAUUAUUCAUGCAUUUCCUGUGCUGUGAUGCCAGAAUAUGAGAAUAUAAGAUUAAGAUUUCUGUCUUCAAUGAAACUGUAUACUCAAGCAUGUUACUCGAAUGUCUACUGGCCCUGUUAUAUAGGAUGUUUUCAUGCCUCUCUUUGACCUGGUGCAGUAUGCAAAUGUGAUGUGCAACCAUAAACUACAAUGUGUGUGUGUGUGUGUGUGUGCGCACGCGCACUCUUGCUGCUGAACUUUGAUUUCACUGAAACUUUAAAUACAGGCUUAGCUCUGUCUUGACCAUUUCAUAGAAAUACUAUUAAAGUUGUUUUCUUUCAUGUUUCUUUCUUGAUUUCAUUUUGCUUUGAAGAAAUUGUACUUUUGAGAAUUGAAUUGCAAAAAUGCCUGGAUGAAUGCCUUAUAUGACUUUUAUACCUGAUUACGCAGGUGCACGGUAUUUGAAAUGUCAGCUAAGCUACGUUUUGGAGCUGUGUAAUAUUAUGGAUUGAAGUGUUUUCUAAUGCAGGUUUUGGGGUAAUUUGUUGCCAAAUAUAAUAACAAUUAAUCAGUGCACAAACUCAUCGAGAUACUGUUGUUGUUCAAGCAGGUUUUUAAUGAAAAAAAUACAUAUAUUUUAUUUCUCCCCACCUUUGUCUGAAGACUUGGAAAAGGAAGCAAUGGUAAACAAAAGGUUUUGUUGUGGCGUUGUCACCAAACUGCCCAGAUAUCCCAUGACAUCAUGUCGAAGACUCAUACAAGUUUUCUUUUAAAUCCGAUAAAGCGUUGAAAAUGUAUAUUCAAAUUCUAAAUGGGGAAGAAGCAAUAUGGCCGAUUUCAAAAAAUUGUGAUUGUAUCAUAGACACCAACCCUUAUGAUUUUAGGCAAACUGUUCAAAAGAUAUGGGAAAAAUGUCCUUGACCCUUGCUGUCACCAAACUUUGCAUGUACUCUCAGAUCAUGGUGCUUAUGAAGCAUACCAAGUUUAGUUUCUUUAGGACAAAGCAUUGCUGAGAUACAGCCUCGCUGUUUAGCGUACUCGCUGCUGAAUUUGUUGAUGCAUUAUAAGAAGUAAUAUUUUGACACCGAUUGGGUAAACAGGGUCUCAAGAUGAUCUGAUACAAAUUUGGGGAAGAUCCGUUGAAGGCUGUGGGACAAGUUCACAAAAACUGGACAGUUAAAAACAGCCUGGUCUGAUGAAUCUGGAUUUCUGCUGAGAUAGACAAAUGGACCCAUGGCAGCCUCAGCUUUCUGUUCUUGGUUGUCAGAAGUGGAACCCGACGUGGUCUUCUGCUGUUGUAGCCCAUCUGCCUCUAGGUUCGACAUGUGCAUUCUGAGAUGCUAUUCUAGAGACUGUUGUGUGUGAAAAUCCCAGAAGAUCAGCAGUUACAGAAAUACUGAAACCAUCUAGUCUGGCGCCAACAGCCCAUCAAAUUACUGAGAUCACAUUUUACCCCAUUCUGAUGGUUGAUGUGAACAUUAACUUAAGCUCCUGACCAGUAUCUGAAUGAUUUUAUGCACAGCACUGCUGCCACAUGAUUGGCUGAUUAGAUAAUCACAUGAAUAAUAGAUGUACAGGUGUUCCUAAUAAUGUGGUCGGUGAGUGUAAUUAAAAUCAUGACCAAAAUGAAGAUGUGUGGGUCAAGAGAAGGCAUGACAAUCAAUCAUUGAUGCCUGUGUGUAACGCUACGAUUCAAAAAGCACACAAAAUGCUGUUUGAAAAAGAACAGAUGCUCUUGUAAAAAAAUAUUGUGCAAUAUCAGAGUCCUCUUCUGCCUUAUACCCCAUACCUGAUAUGACCUCAUAAUAUAUCCUACAUAUGACUUCGCAGUCGGGACAAUUGUAACAUUUCACUUGCUUUUAUUUAGAAUAUGUUCAAAUAUUUGCGUAGUGGAAAUAUUUUAUUUGGUUGGUAUGUGUACUUUUUAUUUGUGAUACAAAACGUAGUGUAGUUUAUUUGGUUCC